AUGCCUAAGAAGAGAGCUAACAACGGACGCAGCAAGAAGGGCAGAGGCCACGUCUCCUCUAUCCGCUGCUCUAACUGCGCCAGAAUGGUCCCCAAGGACAAGGCCAUCAAGCGCUACCUCAUCAGAAACAUGGUUGAGGCCGCCGCCAUUAGAGAUAUCUCCGAGCAGUCUGUCUACACUGAGUACGUCCUUCCCAAGCUCUACCUCAAGAUUCACUACUGCGUCUCUUGCGCUAUUCACUCCAAGGUUGUCCGCGUCCGCUCUAGAGAGGGCCGCCGCAUCAGAACCCCUCCUCCUCGCGUUCGCUACAACAAGGAUGGCAAGAAGAUCAACCCCACCGUUGCUUCUAAGGCUGUCUACUAG